AUGCCAGAAUACGAAGAUGCAGCAAAUCAAAGACAAGAUGAUGAUGGUGAUGAUGAUGGUGAUGAUGAUGAUGAUAACAACAGUCAAUGUUCAAAUUUAGAUCAAUCAUUGUCAGCAAAUUGUAUAACCAAUCGUUUCAAUAUGAUGAAUUUUAAUGAUCGUGCUGAACAAUCUAUUGAAGUAUCCUUAUGUAGUGAUUCUGAAGCUUCUUUAUCUAAAG